AUCGAAAUAGAUCGGACCCAUCGUCGACUGCAAAAUGGUGGGUGGCGCAUCACCUGCGGCGACUCCAUCUACAAGGCAAGCACCAGUAUACGUGGCCUCCAGCGUGGACAUUUGGGCUCUGGGCAUAGCCACAGUCAUCUGUGGACAAUUUUUCUCGUGGAAUGUUGGCCUGGUCGCCGGAACAGUCAGCUUCGGUUACGGUGUGCUCCUCACCGCGCUCGCAUUCCUGUGUCUGGUUCUGUCUGUGGCUGAAAUCGCCAGUGCGUUGCCGUUUGUAGGGGGCGUGUUUGGUUUGGCGCGAUGCACGCUUGGGUUUUGCACGGCGUUCGUCGUGGGCUGUUGUGAACUGAUGCAAUACGUAACCUACUCGUCGGUCAGCCUUGUCGGGACCACGCAGGUCCUAAGUCAGCGGUGGCCCUCCCUCGAGGGCUUCGAACCCCUGAUCUGGAUCGUUAUCCAAUCGCUGGUGUUUCUCAUCAUGCUACAAGGGGGUCGCCUCUUCUGGCGCACCAUCUUUGGCCUCGCCACCGUGUCGUUGGUGGUCGUGUUUUUCUACUGCCUUAGCGCCAUGACCAAUGCCGACAUGGGCAAAUACACGGGCGGUAGCGACUUGACGUCCCAAGGGGGACUGUCAGCGUUCUUUCAAGCCUUCCCCAACGCGAUUUGGUUCUUCAGUGGCAUUGAGGCCCUCGCAACGCUCUCCACGUAUGUGGAGGACCCUUGCAAGUCCAUUCCUAAGGGCCAAAUCGCCAGUCUAUGCACGCUGUUAGCGUCUUGUUGUUGCAUUUACCUGUCUGCAAUCAGCCUUCCGCCAGGUGCAGCAGCCCUGCCGGACGUCUUCGCAGUGCUGAACGGGGGCUUUAGCGCCGGUUUCGCCACCACGGACGACACCGCGACGUUGUUUUCGCUCCCAGCUAUCGUUGCGUCUAUUCCUGGUUUUUCGCUGGCGUCGAGCAACCUCUUGACCGCGUUGGCCAAGUCCAACCUCAUUUCGUCAGUGUUUAGUCCGUCACAGCCUCCCCCCCACAAAACCACUCGCCCCCUCCUCGUCGUGUCCGUCUUGAACGUUGCCGUGUGUUUUGUUAUGCAGUAUAUCGGUACUGCUGACGUUGUGUACACCGUCGUGAUGAUCCUUGGGUUUGGGUGCUACAUUACGCAAAGCCUCGCGUUCAUCUCGUGGCGCAAACGGCACAACCGCGUCCCCCGGUUGUUAGUCAGUCCCGUGGGAACCGUGGGGGCGAUGCUGUCCGUGGUCGUGUUUGCCAUGGGCUUGGUCUCCGCCCUAUUCUGCCAAAACGAUUCGUUCCACGCGUUGAUCGCUACCGGGGGGGUAAUCUCCGUCCUCACGGCCUACUAUCACGGAAUUGCUAAGCAACGCCAGACAUUUUCCAAAGAAGAGCACGUGUUGCUGUUCUUCGGACACGUGGAUACUUCGAUGUCGGUGCUUCCAAGUGAGCGAGCGGGGCGGUGGCAACGGCUGCUACUGCUGGUUCUCACCAAAGGUCGACGACGAGGCCACGACACCAGGCAGCCGACCAUCCCCAAGAAAUUCUGGACCAUUGCACCGUCGCUGCUCACCCAGCGCUCGGAGCCCCGGACCAAUGUCGUUCACGUGGGGCGCGUAGGCGGCAUUAACUGAUUUUGGUAUCCAAGUAAUGCGUACUUAGCUGUGUCCUGUCGCUGCCGGUGAGUUGACGCUGCAAUAAGGUACGGAGGUUACCGUGAUCAACAAUAACGUACUGGAGUACCCAUGUCUUCAUUUCAACCCCUCCUUCUCCUUCGGUACACUUGUCCACCACGGCUAACGCAAUCGUACCUUUUAUCACCACGUAUUUUUAACCGGCAACUCUCUGCAGUAGUCGCCCCACAAGGCAAUUGGCUCGUUUCCGAGUUUGCGAUAGUCGUUGGUCUUGAGCAUAACGUUAAGACCAUAAAACCAA